AUGUCACCCACCCGCAAACCAAACAUCCUCCGAGCCCAUGCGAGUCAGGAGUUUGACGCUGUGGAGUUCUAUGCCGGACGUGGAAACCUGACACGUUUUAUGAAGCUUGCAGGCUACAAGGAAUACACUCCACAAUUUGCUCGCCAAGUGGUGGACCUCUAUGAGGACUUGGUGAGAACGCCUCGUGGUCUCCCACACUUGCCCAUACAUGUCCCAGCGGCCUUGGACACAUUCCAGGCCAUGAGUGACCACUGUGACCUGGAGUUCGUCGAGUUGGAACCCGUCUUCAACUAUCUCAGACGUUCAAAGCACUUAGUGAUUCCACUGGAGUGGCGUGAUCACAUUCCUAAGCCCCGGAUGUGA